AUGGAACCGUUCCCUUUCUCCUUCACCAAGACAAGGCACCGCGAGCCAUAUCCGUUCAUCGAUCCAAAGCGUCCCGAGCUAUCUGUCGCUGGUAAAAACAUUGUGAUCACCGGCGGCGGCACUGGAAUCGGCAAGGCGGUUGCAAUAGCCUUUGCCCAAGCCGGUGCCAAGUCCGUGUCUAUUCUCGGCCGGCGUCUCGAACGGCUCCAAACGGCAGCCGAGGCAAUUAAAAAUGCCGGAAGCGAGCGUACGACUGUUCUCUACCAGUCUGCCGACUUAGUGCGACGCGAACAAGUCGACAAAGCUGUCCAGACCAUCAUCGAUGAGGUUGGCGAGAUCGACAUCUUCGUCUCGAAUGCCGGCUCGUUACAAAAACUGGCCCCGGUCGUGGAUUACGACCCGACGCUUCUGAUGCGAGAUUUCGAACUGAACGUACUCAGCACGUUGAAUGCCCUACAGGUAUUUGCUCACCGCGCCGCCCCCGAUGCUGUGCUGUUGAACAUGUCGACGGCUAUGGCGCAUGUUUCGCCUUCGCCAGGGGGCGUAAUGGCGUAUGCGACCAGCAAGGCGGCCAAUCUAAAGAUGGUGGACUAUUUCGCGGUUGAGAACCCUGGAAUACACGUUGUGAAUGUCCACCCGGGCGUCGUGCAAACGGAGAUCAAUCCUGACGUGGAUAUGAGCCAGAUUGCUAAGGACAAGCCUGAGCUUGCGGGUCAGUUUUGCGUAUGGCUGGCAUCGUCUGAGGCAAGAUUUCUGAAGGGAAAGAUGGUGUGGGUUACCUGGGAUGUAGAGGAACUACUGGCUCGGGCUGAUGAGAUUAAAAAUUCUAGACUGCUAACUUGCGGCCUGGAUGGUGUUCCGCUGUAA